AUGGAUCAGCCACGGCAAAGCACGACGGCGUCUCAGCCACCGGAAACACCUCCCCAGGCGUCCGAUACGGCUUCGAGACCGUCUGUUUUAUCACAGAUUCAACAACCCCCUUCCACCAAUACGAGCUCCUCCCCCGUUCCCUCUAUUCCCUCCUCUCCAGCCCCGCCAACACCAUCGCUCAACCCGAACCCUAAUCCCCCUCAAUACGCGCGCCCGGUGACAUCUCCGGCGACGCAACAGCAGCAACACCUCUCCCAGCCUCUGGGGCGACCUCCUCAGCCGACGUACUCGAGACCAUGGCAACAACACUCCCCGUACACUCACUUCUCCUCCGCAUCGUCGCCAUUGCUAUCUUCCUCAUCCGCUCCGGCUUCUUCUUCUUCUUCGUUACCUAUUACUGGACAGCAAAGAGGCGGCAUGGCGAUUGGCGUUCCAGCUUCCCCAAUUCCGAGUCGCUCUCCUACAACUUCUCAGCCUUCACCUUCUGGUUUCCCGGGCUCGUUUGGGCAGCAAUACGGCGGAUUGGGCCGUGGAACAGUCGGAAUGUCAGAAGCGACGUCCAAUUCAAGCUCUCCGCAGGUUAGGAUGAUGCAAGGAACGCAGGGAAUUGGGAUGAUGGGAACGCUUGGCUCAGGCUCCCAAAUGCGGCCAAGUGGGAUGCCUCAGCACCAGCAGAGACCGACUCAAUCGUCUCUAAGACCAGCUUCCUCCCCAACUAGCCAGUCUCCUCCCGUUCACCAAAACUUUCAAGGGCAAAGCCUUAUGAGACCUUCACCUAUUGGUUCUCCUGGUGUCCAAUCUACUACUGGUGCAGCACAACAAAGCUUGCAAGCCAUUAAUCAACCGUGGUUAUCACCUUCUCCCCAAGGAAAACCGCCUUUGCCACCUCAACCUUCGUAUAGACCGCCAGUAAAUAAUCCCUCCUUGCAACAGAGAUCUCAUAUUCCUCAGCAACAUCUUUCCACGUCAGCAGCAACUUCACAGCCUCAGCAACCACAAUCUCAACAACAACAGCAACAUCAGCCUCAAGAGCAACUUCAACAGCUGAGAAAUCCGCAGCAGCCUUUACCUCACCCACAUCAACAGAAUCGGGUCCAAGGGUUGGUGAAUCAGAAAGCUACUUCUCUGGCAAUGCCGAACCAGCAGCCUCCUGUGCCUCAACCAGGAAACCAAGCUAAAACGGUUUCAGCAGAGAAUGAGGAGUCUGAUGAUCGUAUACUGGGAAAAAGAAGCAUCCAUGAGCUACUUCAGCAGAUUGAUCCGUCAGAGAAAUUGGAUCCAGAGGUUGAAGACAUCCUUGCUGAUAUUGCUGAAGACUUUGUGGAAUCAAUCACAACUUUUGGAUGUUCUUUAGCCAAGCAUAGAAAGUCAGAUACUCUAGAGGCUAAGGACAUCUUGCUCCACGUUGAAAGAAACUGGAAUAUCAGGCCUCCUGGUUUUAGCAGUGAUGAGAUCAAGACAUUUCGAAAGCCACUGACAACAGAUAUUCAUAAAGAGAGACUUGCCGCUAUAAAGAAGUCAGUCGCGGUGACAGAAGCAGCAAACGCGAGGAAUCCGUUUGGGCACGGGACGGCUAAUGCAAGAGGAGGUCAAGCAAAGACGCCUGCUAAUCCCUUUCAUCACUGA